UUUCAGUUCAGUUAGUUCACUGUGUGUACCGCGAUUGAAGUUGUGAAUUACAGGCAACAUACUUCUGCCCAGAUAGUCGCCUAGAAUUCGGACUGCUUCAGCUUGGUGUAAGAGAGGACGACCACCAGCGAUUCCGACGCUGAUUAUCACGGUUGCGGGACUUGAACCCGGUGUCAGAAUCGUCGCCCCGCUCUUUGCCCAUCUUCCUCGGAAAUGCUUCAUGCGGCUUAGCAUAAGUGCGUUAUAUCUCAGAAUAAGGUUAUACAGCUCAAAGAUGCCGAAAACGGAUGAGCGAGUGACAGCAGUCAAUCACUUCGAACAUGAAAAAAACAUACUCUAUCUCAUGAGACGAGACAAGAGAAUCUUCGACAAUCAUUGUGUCGAGCUUGGAUUCAAGCUGUCAUAUAAGUCCAAGACUAAAUUUUACACUGGCGUUGAAUUUUCAAAGUUGAAGAUCAAUGAGAGACAGAAAACUUUCGUCAUAGAGGGACUCCAAGAGAUGGAAGAAGCUUGUCGAGAGCACAAUAUAUACUUCGACCUCAUCGACAACCUCGAGAAAUUCGUUGAGAAAAGGGAUAUCGACUGUAUAAUCAUGGACUUCUCUCCUCUGAGAGAGUGUGAGGCUUACAGGAAUGAAGUCGAGGAGAUGUGUUCGGAUAAAGAGCUCUCUCUGUACGUUGUCGAUGCUCAUAAUAUGGUCCCCUGCAAGCUACUGGACGUCUAUAAGAGAACGAGCAAGGCCGUCAAGAUACAACUCUUCAACCAUUGGGACGACUACCUGUCAGACUUCAAACCACUUGAGAAACACUUGUACAACAAGAAAUCAGAGACCUCAACACAGAGCAACGACUUCCCCAAGAAAUCAGUGAAGAACAUAUUCAAAGGCGGAUAUUCACACGGCAUGGACACAGUUGAACAUUUCUUCGACAAAAAGUUCGCAAUCUACGCCAAGAACCGGAACAACCCCGAUGUCGAUGCGCUCAGCAACUUGUCGCCAUGGAUAUCGAGCGGUCAAAUCAGUAGCCAGAAAGUAAUUUAUCUCGCCACUAAACGCUUCGGCAAGAAGAAUGAGAACUACAUCUCAUUCAUCAACGAGAUCUUCGCUGUGAAAGAGAAUUCCGAACACUUCUGUCUCCAUGAGAAAAACUAUGAUAACAUAGACGGAGCGCUCCAAUGGGCGAAAGAUUCGCUUAACCUGCACCGUAACGAUAAACGUGAGCGCAUCUAUGAUUUAGAGACCCUGGAGAUGGGUAAGACAAAGGAUCAAGCUUGGAAUGCCGCACAGAGACAGCUGUUGGCCGAAGGCAAAUUGCACGGCUACUGCAGAAUGUACUGGGCGAAGCAGCUGCUCAAGUGGACGAAAACUCCCGAGGAAGCGAUCAAGACAGCGUGCUAUCUGAACGAUACCUUUGCCAUCGAUGGCAAUUGUCCGAAUGGUUUCCUCGGUCCGAUGUGGUCCAUAUGCGGUUCAAUGGACCAAGGGUUCAAAGAAAGGCCUGUGACAGGGAAAAUAAGGCCGAUGAACGCCUUCAAAGCCCCGCUCUACAUCAGCAAGUGGUCAAAUUAUUCGCCAUCCUCUUCUAAAUCUUCUUCGACGUCCUCCUCGUCCAAGAAAUAA